AUGAGCAUUGAAUCUUGUUGCCUGCAAGGCUUUGCAUGGGGUGCAGAACCAUGUGGCAGUAUCGGAAGUCUGGCCGAUCUCAAGACAUAUAUCACUGGCACAAGUGAUACAGCUGCAGUCCUGAUUAUCCAUGAUCUCUUUGGUUGGGAGUUCCGAAAUACGCGCCUGCUUGCAGACCAUUAUGCAGCAGAGGCCGGCGUGACGGUUUACGUGCCUGACUUUUUCGACGGCGAGAUCCUACCCAUCCAAGCGAUGUUGAAAGAUGAGUGGUACAAAGUUGAUGUGGCCGGGUUUAUGCAGACAAAUGGACGAAAAGCCAGAGAGCCAGGAGUCUUUGCCUGUGCAAGGGUAUUGCGAGACAAGUACAAACACGUAGGAGCCGUCGGCUUCUGCUACGGCGGAUGGGCCGCCUUCCGGCUCGGGUCCCGAGAGCAUCAGCAUUCACCUCUGGUAGACUGCAUUUCUGUCGGCCAUCCGUCACUCCUUGCGAAAGAUGACAUCGACCAGGUUGCCGUCCCGCUUCAGGUCCUCGCGCCGGAGCAUGAUCCCGCGUAUACGGCCGAGCUCAAGGCUUAUACUUUCGAAACGGUGACGAGGCUGGGGAUCCCGUUUGUUUAUCGUCAUUUCCCUGGCGUUGCCCACGGUUGCCUUGUACGUGGUGAAGAGAACAAACCCCACGAGCGGGAGGCCUUGGUCAAGGGGAAGAAUGCUGUUGUUGGUUGGCUGAAGGAAUACUUACAUGAAAGGACUUGA